AUGGAAGAAAUUCGAGAUUAUCUAGCUCGUAUCGAACCCAAAAUCCACCACAUUUAUGAGAACAGCGGAGACAUUUCUAGACUUUACCAGAUUUUCGACCCUUUCGGCUACCAGUCGCAAACCGCGACGGCGAGUUUGCAGAUGCCCGUGCCCCUACAGACGCAGCUGCAGUACGUGUCCGCCGUUCAUCGAAUGAUGCGGUGGGGUGCAGUGUGGGAGAUGCUUCGAGCUGCUGAGCCCAAGAUAGAGGGACUUGAGACCCUCCUGGAACCAAACUUUACGUCGAUCCUAAUGGAAAGCCAAGGACGCGAUGGGAAACUUUCGCAUGAUGUUCUCAGACCGAAUGUUGCGGGCGGUGCGACCCUGAGUUAUGCCGACAAAGAAUGGCUGGAGCAAGGAUCGACGAUAUACUUCAGUACUUUCCACCUGAUGCACCCUGUUUUAGACCAGGAGUACUUCAUGAAGAGAACACUGUCAUCUGCAGUCAGCGGUAAAGUUCCGCAAGAAAGCGCAGAAUGCGCCCUGGUGUUUCUGACGAUUGCUCUUGCUCACAUGGCUUCAACUGGGGGUGCCAGUUUGGAAAUGGACAACCAACCGCCGGGCCUGCACUAUUUCAACGAGGCGAGACGCCGCAUGGGAUUCUUCAUGGAAGAAUCCACCAUCGAAGCCGUACAGGUCUUCGUGUUAGCAGGGGGACUCAACCUGGAGCUCGAGUUGCCUGUGACAUCGCUCAAUACGACAGAAUGCGAAAUGUGGCCAGACAUGUUCUCAGACAGUCUGGUCCCAGAUGCAGGUUACGGCGUUUACGAGGAGCAUUUUUACUCGCAAAUCAGCAUGCGGAAGCUCGCGCUCGACAUACAUCGCACAUUGUUAACGGGUGAGUACUUCUCAGCAGCGCCUCUGACUCUGACCACUCUCCUCUCGCUGGCGCUCAGCGAUGACUUUGUCGUCAUAUGCCAGUUCUGA